UCUGCGCCGAGAACUCCGCACGUGUUGUUUUCAUGGACGUUUGAGUGCUUAUACUGUGGUAUUUCUGUGUUAGAGUAAUAGUGUUAAACACACUGCAACAAACAUGGGGAAGAAACUCAAAGUCGGAAAAACCCGAAAGGAUAAAUUUUACCAUCUGGCAAAAGAAACAGGUUACCGCUCUCGAUCUUCUUUCAAGCUAAUUCAGCUCAACCGUAAAUUCCAGUUUCUUCAGAAAGCCAGAGCUGUGGUGGACCUGUGUGCUGCUCCUGGAGGAUGGUUGCAGGUGGCGUCAAAGUUUAUGCCUAUAUCAAGUAUCAUUAUUGGUGUGGACCUGGUGCCCAUUAAGUCCAUCCCCAACGUUGUUACACUGCAGGAAGACAUCACCACUGACAAAUGCAGACAGGCUAUCAAAAAGGAACUGCAGACUUGGAAGGUCGACGUUGUGUUGAAUGACGGCGCCCCGAAUGUUGGCGCCAACUGGCAACAUGAUGCCUUCACACAGGCUCAUUUGACCCUCAUGGCCAUGAAGUUGGCCUGUGAGUUUCUGACCAAAGGUGGCACCUUCGUCACCAAGGUCUUCCGCUCCAAAGACUACCAGCCGCUGCUCUGGAUCUUCCAGCAGUUCUUCAAGAAGGUUCAGGCCACCAAGCCGCAGGCGUCCAGGAACGAGUCCGCUGAGAUCUUUGUCAUCUGUCAGGGUUAUCUUGCCCCGGACAAAAUUGACGCCAGGUUUUUUGACCCCAAACAUGCGUUCAAAGAGGUGGAGGAGCAGGCCAAAACUGUCAGGGAUCUGAUUCCUGUCAAGAAGGCAAAGGCGGAGGGAUACGACGAUGGUGAUCUGACACUCUACCACACUUUCACAGUGACAAACUUCCUGAAAGCCGAUAACGCCAUAGACUUCCUAAGCAAAGCCAAUGAGAUCACCUUUGAAAACCCAGACCUGGAGUCUCACCCGUCCACGAGUAUUGAGAUAAAAGAGUGUCUGCGUGACAUCAAAGUUUUAGGACGCAAAGAGCUCCGCCUGCUGCUUACCUGGAGGACCACACUGAGGAAAUAUCUGGCCAAAAAACUGAAGGGAGAUUCCAAACCGCUUGACCCGGAUAUAAAAGAAACAGAAGAAGAAGAAGGAGAAGAAGAAGAAGCAACCCGGGGAGAAGGAGGAGAAGAGGGUGAGGACGAUGAGGAUGAGGAGGAAGAGGAAGAUGAGGAAGAAAUGGAGACUAAACUGGCAGAAAUGAAAGCUGAGGAGGUGGCUGAGCUCAAACGUAAGAAGAGGAAGCUGCUGAAGGAGCGGAGGAAGCUGAGGGAGAGGGUGGAGCUGAAGAUGGACCUGCCCGGCGUCUCCAUCGCAGAUUCCCACGACUUUUCCAUGUUCUCCAUCAGCACCAUCAAGAAGCAAAAGACCCUGGCAGAUAUAUCCAAAGGGGACAUGCAGCUGGCGGACACCCUGGGAGAUGAAGACGACGACCUCCACCUGUCUGAUAUGGAGGGUGACGAUGCAGAUGAGAUUUCCCUCGCCUCUGACUUAGAUGAUGAGGACAUGGAAGAGGUGGAGCAGAAGCAGAGAGAGCUGGCACCAAAGAAGAAGAAAGUAAAGUUUGAUGAAGAAAAGGAGGUAGAAGGGCAGGAUAGUGCCUUGCUGGUUGAACUGGAGGGAAAGGAUGAGAAGAAGGAGCGAGAAACCAACCUGUGGUUCAGCAAGGGCAUAUUCUCUGAGAUUAACCUGGAAGGAGACGCCGAAAGCGAGCUCCGACAGACUGAGUGGCUUCAGAAAAAAGAAACAAGCAAAAAGAGGAAAGCUGAAGAUGAAAAUGUUGCAGAGGAAGAGAAGACUGCUAAGCCAGAGGAGGCGGAGGAGGCGGGACCUUCAAAAGAAGCUGAAAACAACACUGACAGCGACUCAGAUGACAGCAGUGAUGAUGAAAAGGAGAUCAACAAGAUGAAGCAGGUCACUAGAGGGGCUGGGGGGACGUCUGCUGGGACGUCAGUUGAGGCCAAUGAAGAGGACUUCCAGGUUGUCCCUGUAGAAAGCAUAAGUAAGAAACACAGGAUCCUGGAUGCAGAGGGUCUGGCCCUGGGCUCUAUGAUCGCUACAUCCAAGAAGCGAGCCAGGGACAUGGUGGACGGCUCCUUCCACAGGUUUGCUAGCUCCGAGCAGCAGUGGGAUGUACCGGAGUGGUUCAUGGUUGACGAAAAGAAACACAGGAAGAAGCCGACUCCUGUCACCAGAGAGAUGGUGGAGGAGUUCAAACAGAAGUGGAAGGAGAUCGAUGCCCGACCCAUCAAACGAGUUGCUGAGGCGAAGGCCAGGAAGAAGAGGAGGAUGCUGAAGAAGAUGGAUCAGACUAAGAAGAAGGCAGAGGCAGUCUGCAACACAAUCGACAUCUCUGAGAGGGAGAAGAAUGCUCAGCUGAAGAGUAUCUACAAGAAAGCAGGCAUGGGGAAGGAGAAGAGAGAGUUAACAUACAUUGUCAGCAAAAAGGGAGCUGGCAAGAAGGUGAGGCGGCCCGCCGGCGUCAAGGGAGCUUUCAAAGUGGUGGACGGUCGCAUGAAGAAAGACAUGCGGGGGAUGCAGAGGAAGGAACAACGAGCCAGGGGGGGCAAAGGAAAAGGCGGCAAAGGAAAGGGUGGCCCGAAGGGAGGAGGGAUGAAGGGUGGUAAGGGGAAAAAAGGAAGAUGAAUUUGAACCUAAAGCGCUCUGACCGUGUAUUGCCUUUCCAGUUAUUACACAUUGCCUGCGUCUCAUGUUGCAGGUGAACAUUUAUGGCUAAGUUGCCACCACAGUUUGGGCUCCAAUAUCAUGUGCAGAGACCAAAAUGAGUUUUGGUCAUUCCCAUGUGUGCGUGUUUAGCAUUGUUUGCUGAGUUUCCUGAAAUCCCUUAAGAUAUGUUCUGUGGGUUCAUAAGUACUGGUGUUCUGUAUACAUCUUUCUGAAGAUGUAGAUUUUCAAACUCUGUGAAAAGAGUGGUUUAAAUGAACAGUUAAACUGUAAAUGUUAGAAAAUCAAGUGAAUUAUAAUCAUUCUCAAUAAAUGUUGCUAUUAAUGUAAAUAUUAUAAACACAUUUUUGCAAUAAACGUUUUGUUGAAUCCUUAAA